AUGUGGUCACCGCCAAAUUCCUAAAACCUGAUUCUCUCUCUCUUUCGUCACAGCCAAAUAUAAUUUCGGAAGUGAGAAUAUCCCCAUUCGGAUUCACUGGGAUACUAUUCCGGUGUUCACUCCAUGGAAUCUGACGACUCGCCGAAAAGUGAGAAAACCCCAAGCCCAAGGUACAAAUGUUCUGCCUGUUACAAGCAAUACAAGAAAGCAGAACAUCUAGUUGAGCACCUGAAGCUGGCGUUGCACUCAGCUCAUGAUCCUAGGUGUGGAGUGUGUAGAAAGCACUGCAAAUCUUUAGAGUCCUUGAGGGAACAUCUUGCUGGUCCAAAGGCAAAAGAACAUUGCAUGGAGAUUUUCUCUGAUCAAGGUUGUGAUCUAUGUUUGAAGCUCUUUGAUAACCCUGCUUCUCUUAGCCAGCAUAGAGAAUGGUGUCUCCUAUCUGCACCUGCUCCCAUAGAAACAAUGAUAAUUCCUAAUGCCGAAUCUCAAUCUUUUAUGAAUUUGUGUGGUGAAAACGACUUUAAUAACCACCCCGAAGCAAUUGCAGUGGAUUGUGAAAUGGUUGGCGGUGGAAGUGAUGGAUCACUGGACCUGUGCGCAAGGGUUUGCCUAACAGAUGAAAACGAAAAUGUCCUAUUCAAUACCUAUGUGCGGCCUCAACUUUCUAUCACUAAUUACAGAUAUGAAAUCACAGGGUUAGAAGAAGGUCAUUUUAGAAAUGCGAUGCCGCUCAUAGAAGUUCAAGAUAAGGUCUUGGAAAUUUUGUACAAUGAAGAGUCCAUUGGGAGAUCAAGGUUGGAUGGGGGCAAGGCCAAGCUUCUUGUGGGGCAUGAUUUGGAUUGCAUGGGAAUGUAUUAUCCUGAGCACCUGCUGAGGGAUACUGCAAAGUAUCGUCCACUUAUGAAAACAAAUCGAACUAGUCACUCCCUCACGUAUCUCACCAAAAAAUAUCUGGGGUACGAUAUCCAGUCUGCUGUGCACGAUCCUUAUGAAGAUUGUGUGGCUGUAAUGAGGUUGUACAAGAGAUUUCAAGCCCUGGAUCAUCAGACAGAAGGCACUGUUGCAUCACUUGAUGGGAGUUUUGAUUCUUGGACAACUGAAAAGUUUGAAAACAUGACAGCUGAAGAGCUUUAUGCAUUGUCAAAACCAGACUACAAGUGCUGGUGUCUGGAUACAAGGCAAGCACUGCAACCUUAGGGUUAUGACUAAUAUCUAGAAAACAAUUUUCUGUGUAAUAUAGAGACGACAAUUCAGCAAGGGUUUUAGA